AUGUUUCCUCUUGAAUGUAGCAGACAAUUUUUUGGGUCUGAUAAAUUGGUGGCAAAAUCAUUAUCUGAAACUAGAUGGUCUGCUCGCGCAUCUGCAGUCACAGCUUUGCAAGACUGUCAUAAGGAAUUCUUGGCUGCGAUAUCAUCAAUUGCUGAAGAUGAUGAUCAAUCGAAAGAAACUAGAAGUGAAGCAGUUGUCAUUUUCAAAAAAAUGCAGAAGUUGGAAAUAAUUAUUCUUACGGAGAUAUGGAAUAAUGGAUUAAUAACAGUAAAUAGUUUACAAAGUAGAUUUCUUACGAUGGAACUAGCAGUGAAGUUAUUGAAAUCACUAAUUAAUUUUUUGAAUAAUGAAAGAAAUUAUUUCGAAAAGUACUAUAGCAUUGCUAAAGAUAAAUUUUCAGAUAGUGACUUUAAACAGAAUACACAACGUAUAACUGAACGAAGUUCGGGAAUCAAAUUUAUUGAUGGACCAGCAGAAGAAGCCCAAUUUAGUGGCAAAGAGAAAUUUAAAAUUUAA